CGCUGACAAGAGAAGACGAAGAAGAACAAGGAAAGAACGAUAUCGGAAGUUACUACAGUGGAACAGUGAGUAGAGAACUUGCUCAUCCGACACGAGACUAUGCGAAACUGUAUCUAUUUUUACGGAAUAUAGUUAUUAGAUUAGAAACUUAAUAGAGCAAUUUUGCGAUUAAAAUGUUUCUAAGAAAUAUUUUAGAAGGGAAAAGUAAGAUGAGAUAUGAAUCUUAACUUUGACUUUAUGAGUUUACAAAGCCACGAAAAUCGAUUCGAAAUACAGUAAAUAGAGGAUAAAGAAGUGCCAUGAGUAAUUGGCAUCGCUUGGAAGCCGAUGUGCUCGAUGAUCAGGAAAAACGAGAAAGCUGCGGCCAAGUGAAACUGUAUAAAACGUCGGUAACUCGGCAUUCUAUCAUCAGUUCUACGAAUAUUCAAACCAGAAGCGCGGUGACCAGUAAUCUCAGCAAUGAAUCAAUUGACAGUAACAUUUCUUCUCUUGUGCGGUGUCUACGGUGCUUUGGCCGGACGUCGUUACAUAGCCAUUCCAAUGGAUGGGAUCGACGUGAUCGAGCUGAGUCCAGUGGCACCACCCACACCGAGGAUUGCCCGUCAAACCGAGGCUUACAUACCCAUACCAGUUCCUAGUAUUUCUCAGGAAGAGCUCAAGAGUCCUCGGCAAGAGAGGUCCAACGUUCACAUCCUGGAUUAUGUGGAUUUCGGUGGACAAACCGGAUCGAAUGGAGCCUUCAGCUGGUACGCCGAUUAUCCGGCACAUCACUAACGAUCCAAAGGAUCGAAAGUAGUUUUACACACGCCAUGCAUCCUGCUUAUUGUACGAUAAUAAUUAAAAUUAGAUAUUGUGAAAGAGAUCGAAGAAAAAAUUACAAUUUGUAAAUGACAUUUUAUCUGUUUGAUUAUGGAUUGAAUGAUAUUGAAACAUUUUUUUAUAAGAAUUAUUUACAUAAUGAUUAAGUUGAUUGAAUCAUUGAGUUGAAGAUUUAUUUGUUAAAUAGUUUUUAAGACGUGUGAUUUAUACGAGAUAUGUAAGUUUGAAAUUUGAAUUAUAUUUUGAGUUAGCGAGAUUUAAAUUUUUGAAAUUGUUGAAUUAUUUGUUGAAAAAGUAUAAUUUACUUUUCUAGAAAAUGUUAAUUUAUUUGAUUGAUGUAUUUUAAAAAUUGUUUGAUUGAAUUGAAUGAUAUUGAGACAUUUUUUUAUAAGAAUUAUUAUACAUAAUGAUUAAGUUUUGAGUCAUUGAGUUGAAGAUUUAUUUUUUAAAUAGUUUUUAAGACGUGUGAUUUAUACGAGAUAUGUGAGUUUGAAAUUUGAAUUAUAUUUUGAGUUAGCGAAAUUUAAAUUUCUUUGUUGAAUUAUUUGUUGAAAAAGUAUAAUUUAUUUUUGAAGAAAAUGUUAAUUUAUUUGAUUGAUGUAUUUUAAAAAUUGAAUUUAUGGAAUGAUUUCUUAAUUUAAUAUGAGAUGUAAAUAUUCUAAUUAAUUUUUGUGUAACAUUACUGAUAUAAUUUUUCAGUAAAUUAAAAUUGUUUGAAUAAACCAUGAAAAAAUUUGAUUAAUCAA